AUGGCGAUUAUGAGAAGCUAUACUAUUUGUAUGCCAGCUUCCCAAGGUCUGAUGCAGGGGCGAGAUGAACUGUCAAGGAAUUUUGCUAAAUUGAAACGGGAUCGGCAUUUCUUGGUUGAGGAAG